ACACGGAACACGAGUUUGACGGAUCAACGGUCGUAUUGACGGAUUCCAACGGGCUCCUAUACGUUGAGCAGACAGUUGGGGUCGCCAGGAGUCCGAGGUGGACGCCGUUCCAGGCGCAGUCAAACCGCUCAGAUCUACCGGAGUUUGGUCUUUUAGCCUCGGCAACAUAAAACCUCGGUUGGAAGAAGCCGCGUGCAGCGCGUGCCCGGUUGGAGCUUCACUGUUUCAGAAGCGACAAAAUAGAAAAACAACACAACCCAAAAAAAACGCGGCACAGAGACCCAAGAUGGCGGCAGCCUCAUCCAUCCAGCCGCCCAGCGUUCACUCUUCUCUCGCCCGGGAGAGCGCACUUUCCCCGGAGAUGGACAGCCCCGAGAGCAGGCAGCCAGAGGACGAGGAGGCGGCGGCGGCGCCGCCGUCCGAGCCGGGAAUUAGCCCCCGCGACCUGCCGGACCUGGAGCCGGAGGAGAUCGAGAGGAGACUGGCCAAAACUCGCCAGGAGCUGAGCAACAGGAGGAAAAUCCUCAUUAAGAACCUGCCGCCCGACACCACCAACCAGGAAGUAUAUGACAUUCUCAAAGAGUAUGAGUUGAAGUACUGCUUUGUCGACCGCAACAAAGGCACAGCCUUUGUGACUUUGCUGAACGGGGACCAGGCUCAGGAUGCCAUCCGCUCCCUCCACCACAGCACUGUCCGUGGACGCCUGAUCAACGUCACUCUGCAGCCCACCGACUCGCUGCUCUGCCUCACCAACCUGCCCCACACCUUCACCGCCCAACAGUUCGAGGAGCUGGUGCGCUCCUACGGCAACAUCGAGCGCUCCUUCCUGGUGUACAGCGAGCUGACGGGCCACUCCAAGGGAUAUGGCUUUGUUGAGUACAUGAAGAAGGACUCUGCUUCUCGGGCCCGAUCUGAGCUGCUGGGCCGACCGCUGGGUGAUCGCUCGCUGAUGGUGCAGUGGAUGGACGUCAAUCAGCUGAGCCAGGAGGAGAACCUGCACUCCAAGUGUUUGUGUGUGGACCGACUGCCGCUUGACCUUUGUGACUCAGAGGAACUGACCCAGCUCUUCUCUGAAACCUACAAACCUGUCUUCUGCCAGCUUGCGCAGGACGAGGGCAGCCCCGUGCGGGGCUUCGGCGUGGUGGAGUACGACAGCGCGGAGCAGGCCGAGGCUGUGCUGAUAGAAAUGGACCGGACGCUGGUGGGAGGACACGAGGUCCGUCUGUCCCUCUGCACCCCGGGCACCUCAGGGAGGAGCACUCUGGCCGCACUCAUCGCCGCGCAGGGUAUGAUUCUGAGUAAUAGAAAAGGUCUGCUACCAGAACCAAACCUGGCCCAGUUGCUGACCAGUAUGACGAACCCCGCUGCCCUGCAGAUCCUCAUGAGACCGUACCACACUGGGAAAAGAGGAGGGAAGUACGGCUGUCACGCCAGUCUGCCGUUCCUCAGACCUCCUCUCACCUCAGCGCUGCUCACUUUAGGGAAAGCACACCAGAACGCGAUGCUGGGUAACGGCCUCGUUCUCCAGAACCUCCUGCAUAUGCAGCUCGCACAGCAGCAGCUUCUUCACAUCAAAGACAAGCGCCUCAGUAGUGUCUCCAGUCUGCUCGGGGAUCCAUCCAGGCUGCUGAUGCAGAAAGCUUUGUCCCUGCGGCCUCCAGGCCUUGUGCAGCUGGGGAAAGGCCUCCUGGGGGACUCCCCUACAGAGAUGGUCCAGGAGUCAGUGCCAGUGUCUACCCACAAUGCCACAGUAGUGGUUUCAGCAGCAGGUGUGAUGCCGUACCUCCAGAGUCGUACUGGGGCCGUGGAGCCAAGCAGCACCCUGUCGAUCCCCACCACCCCCUCAGCUUCCUCCUCCACUCCGUCUUCUUCCUCCACCUCAUGCGACAGGCAGCCGGCUCCUCCGGGGACCAUGGUGAGCUCCCAGCUGGCAGGACAGAGCUACUCCUUGGGUAUAAGUAACCCAGGCCAUGGCCUACCCCCCCCUAAACCCCCCGGGGGAGGUUAUACAUCAUCAGGCCAGCACAACAGCACAAACGGCUGCCCUCUGACCAACAUGGUCAGCAGUGGUCAGAGUUCACUGCUGGGUGAUCCUCCUAAAGAAGUCAGGUUGCCCUCUAACCCGUAUUUGAACCUGGCCAGUGUGAUGCCCGGCGUCAUCCUCCAAGGGUCAGUGGGGACCAAAGCCCACGGCGGACAGUCAGGAUCUGGAGUUUACGGCGCCUCCGUGGCUCCAGUCGUCUCCCAGGCCUCCAGCUCCUUCUCACACAGUGCUGCAACUUCCACGAGCGCUGCGUACGCCACUGACACCUCCACUGACUACAGCCAGUACAACCAGGCCUACACACAGGAAGCCAUGCAGCAGUGGUACCAGCACUACCAGGCAGCACAGACCCACUCCUACAGCACCGCUGCUCCACAGGAGGGAACGGCCUCGGACUACAGCAAGGAGCACGCACAGGCUCCCCCCGUGUCCUCCUAUGGGGAUUACAGCUCCUACAUGCAGGCCAUGACCCAGUACUACUCCCAGCCUGCAGCCACCAACCCGGCCUACGGCAACAAGGAGGAGGUGUGUAAACCCCUGGGCGUGUCCCUCCACGCCGUCAGCAGCGGCGCGGCUCCGCCCCCUGCUGUGCUGCCGGCCGCCGCCGUGCUGCCGGCCUACGGCGCCCUGCCGCUGGUGCCCGGCUUCCUCGGGGCGCCGCACCCGGCCGCGGCCACGCCCAGCCCCGUGGCCCACGCCGCCGCCCCCGACUGGAACGCCUACUACUACAAUCAGACAAGGGGCCACAAGAGGGAGUACCCUCAGCUGGUGGUGCAGGAGGUGGCGUCCUCAGACGGCGCCUACAUCGGGCAGCACUCCCAGGGUCUGGGGGGGCAGUACGCUGACUACUUUAAAAGGAAGAGGCUCUAGUUCCAACCAAACCACCGUAAAGCCUAAAGCUUAUGGGGGGGGGGCGUCUGCUGGCUGUCACACUGCCCUCUAGUGGCCUUUCUGUGGCUGCCAUUUUGCAUCCCUACAGUAGGUGUUGAGUUUACAGUAGUAGAACUAGGGGUGCAGGUGGCUCAAGUGAACGCAAGCCAUAGUGCUCUUUGGAUUCCAGCACUUAGACACACACACACACACACACACACACACACACACACACACACACACACACACACAGCUUUUGUCCUGUUCAAGCCUUAACUUAACCUGUCGUUUCCUGGUCAGUGUCCGUGGGUCCUAAGCGAUCGAUAAUAUCCUGUACUUUUUUAUUAAUAUGAUAUAAACGACGGCAUAUUGUAUCUGUGUAGAAGCUGCUUUUGUAUCUGCAUCCGGGCGAGCCGUCUGUCUGCUGAACCCGUCUUAGGACUCGGGUCCCUCCGUGUUUCCUUUUAUUUCCUGGAGACAAAAGCUCGUCGCGCGCUCUUCACUUUGAUGCGUCACUCGCAAUGACACGUGUUUGUUCCCGCUUCAGUGUCUUUUCUCUUUCCCUUUUAUUGCCCAGGUUCCUCUUUAAUAUCUCCCCGUGGGGAAUUAGAGUGCACGCGCGUGCUCGUGUUUGAUACGCUGUAUCUGUAGGAAGCGUCAGCCAUUUCAAUCCCAAGCUUGGGAGCACAUCAGGAAAACAAGGGCCUGAACAAAUCAAAGCGAUUUAUCGCAGGGACUUAAAAUGGCUUCCCUCAACGAAUGGACCUUUCUUCUACAGACUGAACUCCAAACAAAAGGCUCGUGUACAUACGCUGUGUAACACAGACUAUAGACAGACUAUAUAAAGCCAUGCGUAACCGACAAUAUCUUAUUUAAAGGACAUUUCCACAGUUUUUCUUUGCACAUUUACUUUGUGUCGGGUGUUUUUCAGUCUAUACUAAUGUGUGUAUGUAAAAUAAUCCAAUAUUAUCUGUGGUUCUAACGGGAGCUUUAGAACACAAGUGUCCUGCACAUGCGCUUCUCGGUUCUGACACGAGGCCGAACCCGGAUGUUUGAGGGUUCUGCUGUCGCACAGCCUGCAGCGGUUCCUCCUGCUGUAGCGUGUGUGUUCGCUCGCUGUGGUGUAAAUACCAAGACGCUGUAUUUACCAGGACACAGUUUGGCCUUUUGACAGCUUUUCCGCCUUUUUUUUUUUUCUUCAUCAGUGACUGACGGUGAACACGCGCCUGUGCGUGUGUUUUUCUCAUGAGACGCUGGAGUUGGUUUAAAGUUCUAUGUCACAAAGCAAAAAAGUUGUAUUUAGCUACUUCUAACUAUUGUUUUUUAAAGGGUUCAUUUGUUUCCAGUGGCUUUUAUGGAGGACUGUGUGACUUAGCUUUAUGACAAACACUUCUGUAUGUUUUGGUUAAUAUUUGAAGCUAUUUUUAUUAUUACAGCCCCGUUUUGUACCACUGUUAUCAAUAACAGAGCACAAGUUGAGGUGUUUCAUGUCUAGUGAGUUCACUGGAUGUUUGCUGUAGAGUUUGGACUUUAGGUUUGUAAUGUGCACAUGACUCUUACCUGACAAACCGGCAAUAACUAAAGCUCCUACUAUACUGUAGUAAGUUGAAUGUAACAUGUUUAUUUUGCUGUGUAAUAUUCUAGGAGACGCUCCGUGUAACAGCAGUGGGUUAAUACCAGUGUUUGCUAAAAAACAACAACAACAACAACAACAACAACAACUUUUGAAUGCGUGUUUGUGUUCUUCUAACCUCCUGAUUGUUUGAAACGGACCCAACGUUACUUGCGUCGCCAUGGCAACCACGCGUCACACACCGCCAAGGCCGGUCCCGACGCGCGUCGUGACGCACACGUGCACACGCAGUAACGGAGUCAGUGACGUGGAGGAGAGUUAGCGUUAACGGCAAUACAGACGCCUCCACCGGGGCACGCGCUCCAGAGCCGAGCUGCGCGGGAAGCCGUGACCCACCUCCUUCUGAUCCGGACAGUUGGGCUCUUAUUUCUGUAGGAGUGUGACAUCUGGUGGCGGUUUCACAAUGUUUAUAUUCAAACUUGAACAAAAUGGCAUUGAAGUAAAAAUUCAUUUGAUUUUAUUAACGAUAAUAAGACGUCGGAACAAUAAACACAACUUCAUAUCUUCAACUGUAUUUUCAGUUUCAUUGAGCCUAAAUCAGGAAUAUUUCAGUUGCUUCUAUUUUUUAUUCUGUGUCUUUAAUGCAGCAGAUUUCAGUUGUCACUGAGCUCCAUACUAAAGUGAAUGUUCACACACACACAUAUAUAUAUAUGAAUACGUUACGCCUUUACAUUACUCAAAAUUCUUUGUUUUGAACAGAGAGAAGUCACAUUUUAAUUUGAUAGAGGUCGGAAACUUAAAGAAACGUUUACUGCGCCAGUGUUGGGAUGAAUGUCAUGACAUACAAAAACAAACAUGUAUUUACAGCAAAGGGCAACAGCAGACGAAGCCAUCAAAACCCGUGCACGCGCGAAGGGUUCAUUUCAUAACGGGUUUCCUUCCAAGUGCAACGAGUUCUGGAGUCAGUUCUGUUGUUGCAGGUGUUGAUCAGUUCGGUCGGAUCUGUGAAAGGCUUUGUUGACGUUGAAGAUUUGCUCGCGCACGUAGGUCGAACCCAAUGACGUCAGCAUCUUUGGUUCGGACGCGAAAAAGUUGAAGAAAUGAGCUAAGGACGUUUCCGUUUGUCUGCAGAAUGACGUCAGCGUCGGUUUCCAGGCUCUAGCGUUUGUUUACAUGUCAUAGACGAGCUUUUUUCCGCUCGUGGCUUCACGUUCAGCUUCAGGAAGCGCGUCGGAUUCACGGUAACUCCAAACAUCUGAUCUGUGUGAGCUCCAACAUUUAGACGGACCCUGUCUGACUUACAGCAAAUCAACCUGUAACUGUUCAGACACGGGCCACAGGUUGUGAGCCGCCAGAACCUGAGGCAGCAGUUAGACGGGACCUGUGUGUGUCUGUGUCUGUCUGUCUGUCUGUCUGCACGUCUGUCACAGCUGAUCCAGGGUCUGUCACGCGCUGAGCUUUUUUCCAGCUUUACUCCAACACCUGCGUCAGCGUUUUCUCUCCUCCGUGUCCGUCUGGCUCCGAACCCGCACCCACUGAACUGCAGCGCGUGCGUGUUUGUCAGCUGGUGACAAGUAAAACCCGUGUGAGCCUCGGUUCUGCAGGUCCACGUCAACGGCGACAGACGGACGGAGAGUUUCGGCUCAAAUCACUGUAACCACUCGUGUUCACGUCGUUAAAGUUUCCUGACUUUGGCUUCGACGUGAACUCUGACCCCGUCUGCUCUCUGGUGCAGAUCGACUCGAGGUUCGGUGUCGCUUGUGGAAAUGACACCUAAUGAGAGGUGAGCUUCUUUCAGCCGCUGUCAGUGUUGGGCUCCUGGCAGGUGCUGUGGGUAGAGACAGGCUCCACGAUGAAGGGGUAGAAAAACAAGUGCAGCCUCGUUCUCGUUAUUCUGGCCUUCUCCUGCAGAGGUGUCGCGCGCGCGCACACACACACACACACACACACACACACACACACACACACACACACACACACACACACACACACACACGCUCUAUAUUCCUCCUCCUGCGCUCCUUUCUACCACAGAUGACAGACUCAGACAGUGGUCCGUGUGUGAUAUUCUACAUGUGUGUGUUGAUGUGUUCAGGUGCUCAUGUUGGAUUCCUUUCAGCUUCGUACUUGAUGCGUUACUUGGUUGGUUCGCUCCAUCACUUGUAGUCACGCGUGCUGUGGGUAACGUGAGACCCGGUCAGAUGCAGAUGUUGAGGCAGACUCCGUGUUCCUCUCUGGCAGCUGCUGGAGAAGUGGACCUGAGUUUAACGCUUCAGACACUUGUCUCUUUGGUCCUCGUCGUCUCUCGUCCGUCACGCUGCAUGUGAUGUCAUUCCCCACUGUCUUCCUCCCUCUACGGGUCUAAAGAGUACAUGCGUUGUUUGUGUUUUUAACAUCAUACAAGGUGCAAUAAAGAACCAGUCAAUAUUUUCUAUAUUGUCUUUCUCACUUAGUCUGUGGCAUCUGAGAUCUGUUUCUGUUGCACAAAUCAUUGCUUCGAUCUUUCAGCGUUUUGACGCCGGCUGCAUGUUUGGAGUCGACUAAUCAGACGCCUCCGUGAUGGACUGUGACGCGGCUCCUUGGAGAUUUGAACACGUGUUAGUACUGAAGCGAUGAGUCCACGGUGUUUCUUUACCCUGGAGGUGGAGCCUAGUUAAUGUCACAGGACGAGUGGUUCAGAGACACCUUUGAUUUUAGAGCUGAGUCUGCACCAAGUGCUGAUCACUUUUUCUUAAUGCACUUCUGCAGCAGAUGUUGAUUUUCUUAAUGCUUUAAGUCUAAUUCUGCUUCUACUAUUUCUAAGCACCGUAGGAAGCGCGAUAUUUUAAACGUUUAGUCCACUUUGUUUUAGAUUUGAUCUUUAAACCUCCUCCCAGAGCUGAGCAGCUGGAGCAAACGGUGCGUCUGCAUUUCCUUCUUUUCUGUGACAUCUCAUGAUGAUUGUACACAAAAGUGGCCUGAAAGCAGCACAGCUCAGUCUGAAGGCUGAAGGACCGGCGCCUGUCAGAACCAGCUGCCGUUUGCACCUUGGAGAGUUCAACACCAAUUCUGUUGCUGUGGAAUUUUUUUUUUUGUUUUUGUUUUAAUUUUCAGUCCUGAGUCACUGGAUGAAUUGAUGACAUAAAAAUGUAAUUGAUUUUCUUUGUGUUGUGUAGAUGAACUACUUUUUGUUUGUAGGAUGAACAAAAAACUAAAAGUCACUUCAGGGUAAAACCCAGAUUUUUCUUGUGUAAAUGGAGCCUCUCCGCUUUGGCGUGUUGCCAUUGUAUAAUCAACAAUACUAAGGUAAAACAUGAGGCUGGACUUUGCAAUAGUGCACGUGUGUGUGUGUGUGCGUGCGUGUGUUGAAUAGAAGCUUUGCGUUACUGUAUUCCUGGUUUCCCGACACUUUAACGGCUGUAGAAAAACGUUGCUGUGCUUCUCGCCUUGUAAACAGUUUUUGAAGUGAAUGGAUUUUUUUCUGACCUUAAAACUAACUGUAGAUUUUUCUGAAUUUUAUAUCUUACUGACAUCAAUAUUGGUUUACUGUGAAUAAGGUAUUUCUAGAGCAGCAUGAACAGUAACAACUGUAAAAUCUAGAGCAAACUGUUUGCAGUAGUCGCACAUGGACUGACAUGGACAUUGAUUUUAUUUAUUUUUUCAUUGUAUUUAUGGAUACUUUUACCUCCCAUAAUCAUACUUGUUAUAUUUUGAAAAAUAUAUAUUUCUUUUCUUUUGAGCGGGAGAUGUCUUCUACAUUCCUAAAUAAACUGUGGACUGAA